GCGUUUCGGGAGGCUUUCGGCUGCUCCUCGCUCCCCCGCCGGAUGCUGCCUGAGCUGUUUUGGCUGUUUUUCUUCGCCGGCGAUGAAGGCUCUGCCUUGAAGAUGGACAUGAUCUGUUUUUUAUUCCUGUCUCUGGUGCCGGUGUACAGCAGGGGACAGGGGGUGUACGCUCCUGCUCAGGCCCAAAUCAUCCAUGCUGGGCAAGCAUGCGUGGUGAAGGAAGACAACAUCAGCGAACGCGUUUACACAAUUCGGGAGGGGGACACGCUGGUCCUGCAGUGCCUGGUCACAGGACACCCCCGGCCACAGGUGAGAUGGACCAAAACUGCUGGCAGCGCGUCGGACAAAUUCCAAGAGACGUCAGUGCUUAACGAGACCCUUCGGAUUGAGAAGAUCCAAAGGCUGCAGGGGGGCCGCUAUUACUGUAAAGCAGAAAAUGGGGUUGGGGUCCCUGCCAUCAAGUCCAUUCGAGUAGAUGUGCAGUAUCUGGAUGAGCCUGUUCUCACCGUUCACCAGACCAUCAGUGAUGUGCGGGGCAGCUUCUACCAGGAGAAGACCGUCUUCCUGCGCUGCACGGUCAACUCCAACCCGCCCGCUCGCUUCAUCUGGAAACGGGGAGCUGAGACACUUUCUCACAGUCAGGACAAUGGGGUGGACAUCUACGAGCCCCUUUACACGCAGGGUGAAACCAAAGUCCUGAAGCUGAAGAACCUUCGCCCUCAGGAUUAUGCCAGCUACACGUGCCAGGUGUCUGUCCGCAAUGUCUGCAGUAUUCCUGACAAAUCCAUCACCUUCCAGCUCACAAACACCACAGCCCCACCUGCUCUGAAGCUGUCAGUCAAUGAGACGCUGGUGGUCAACCCUGGUGACAACAUCACCAUGCAGUGCUCUCUGACGGGCGGUGACCCACAGCCAGAAGUGCUUUGGUCCCACUCUCCUGGCCCCAUGCCUCCCAACAGCCUCGUGCAAGGAGGCAACCUCACCAUCUGGAGGAUCCGCGUGGAGGACUCGGGCUACUACAACUGCACGGCCAUCAACAACGUGGGCAACCCAGCAAAGAAGAUUGUGAACCUGCUGGUGCGGUCCAUGAAGAAUGCCACAUUCCAAAUCACGCCUGAUGUGAUCAAAGAGAGCGAGACCAUCCAGUUAGGCCAGGACUUGAAGCUCUCAUGCCAUGUAGAUGCUGUGCCCCAGGAGAAGGUUGUCUAUUCGUGGUACAAGAACGGAAAACCAGCCAGGUUCUCAGACCGGCUGCUCAUCACCCGCAACGACCCCGAGCUCCCACCCGUGACGUGCAGCUUGGAGAUUAUUGACCUGAGAUUCAGUGACUAUGGCACCUACCUGUGCGUGGCUACCUUCCAGGGAGCACCCAUUCCUGACCUCAGUGUGGAGGUGAACAUCUCCUCAGAGACAGUGCCACCAACAAUAAGUGUCCCCAAGGGUCAGUCUGCCGUCACUGUGCGGGAAGGCUCCAGGGCCGAGCUGCAGUGCGAGGUUCGAGGAAAGCCCAAGCCACCCAUCCUCUGGUCCCGGGUGGACAAGGAAACCCCCAUGCCUUCAGGGACAAUGACAAUGGAAACCUACGAUGGGAAGCUGCACCUGGAGAGCGUGAGCCGAGAAAUGAGCGGGACCUAUAAGUGUCAGACAGCCAGGUACAAUGGAUUUAACAUCAGACCCCGGGAAGCCCUGGUGCAGCUCAACGUGCAGUUCCCGCCCGUGGUGGAGCCGGCCUUCCAGGACGUGCGGCAGGGCAUGGGGCACGGCGUCACCCUGCGCUGCACCAUGCUCAAGGGCAGCCCCAUGAAGGUGGCCACCUCCGUCUGGCGCUUCAACGGGAGCCUCCUGGCGCAGCCCCUGGCAGAGCAGCAGGACUACUCGGAGCUCAGGGUGGACAGCGUCAGCCGGGAGACCAGCGGGAACUACGAGUGCAGCAUCUCCAACGACGUGGGGGUCUCCACCUGCCUCUUCCAGGUGUCUGCAAAAGCUUAUAGCCCAGAAUUUUACUAUGACACUCCCAACCCCACCUUGAGCCAGAGGCAAUCCAAGAAUUACUCUUACGUCUUGCAGUGGACCCAGAAGGAGCCUGAUGCUGUGGAUCCCAUCCUCAAGUACCGCCUGGAAGUCCGUCAGCUGUCUCAGAGAAACACCAUCCAGACCUUCAUUCCUGUGAAGAAAAUGGAGAAAGGCCUGCUGCUGGAGCACAUCUUGCCCAACCUGAAAGUGCCUCAGAGCUAUGAAGUUCGCCUGACGCCCAUCACCAGCUUUGGGGCCGGAGACAUGGCCGCCCGCAUCAUCCGGUACAUGGAACCAAUCAACUAUCCCAAUCCUACAGAUAACACCUGCCGCUUUGAGGACGAGAAGAUCUGCGGCUUCGUGCAGGACAAGAUGGACAACUUUGACUGGACGCGGCAGAACGCGCUGACGCAGAACCCCAAGCGCACCGUCAACACGGGGCCCCCCACGGACAUCAGCGGCACGCCCGAGGGUUAUUACAUGUUCAUCGAGGCGUCCCGGCCCCGGGUGACAGGAGACAAAGCCCGGCUCAUCAGCCCCCUGUACAACAUCACUGCCAAGUAUUACUGCGUCUCCUUCUACUACCACAUGUACGGGAAGCACAUUGGCUCCCUGAACCUGCUGGUUCGCGUGCGGAACAAGCGAGCCAUCGACACCCAGGUCUGGUCCCUCAGUGGCAAUCGGGGCAACGUGUGGCAGCAAGCACAUGUGCCCAUCAACCCCCCUGGGCCCUUCCAGAUCAUCUUUGAAGGUGUCCGGGGCACCAGCUACGAGGGGGACAUUGCCAUCGAUGACGUCACUCUGAAAAAGGGAGACUGCCCAAGGAAGCCAAUUGGACCGAAUAAGGCUGUUGCUCUUCCAGGAAGCGGUGUCCCAGCCCUGCACAGCCCUUGGCUUUGUGGCCCAUUGACUUUCUUCCUUUACGUGCUGCUCAGAUGAUGGCAAGCGAGCGCUCCUGUCUUCGGACCAAGACAUUCCUGCUCCUUUCCUACUCAGCCACCUCUGCUCCUUCCUCCCCUCCUCACUGGCACACCAAAGUGUCCAUAUGUUACCAAAGACUGACAGGCAUGACCAUGCAAAGGGAUCUGGUUCAGAACUGGAGCACUCCUUGAGAAAGUCAUAAUGUCUAGAACAAAAUUUAAAACUAAAGACAAAACUUUUUUUAAAAAGCACGUGCACGAGAGAGAGUGAGAGAGAGAGAGGAAGGAAAGAAACACACACGGAGAAAAGAAGGAACGAAACACAAAAAAAUGGGAAUGAAGAAAUGUGAAGAGCAAAUGAAAGAAGAAAAAAAACACACCCAUGUUUCCUUGGGAAUGUCGGACAGGGCUUCCUCAGGGAAGUGAGAACUUGUUUUAAACAAACAAACAAAAAUAUA